CAGGGUGUUCAGGAUAAAUAAAAGGCAGCAGAACAUCUUGGAAGAUCAAUGAUCUGUUCAUUUAGAGCCAAAACCUCAGUGCUUCUCAAGCAGUGUGUUUUCACCAUGAGUGGCUGCCCAUUCUUAAGAAAUGACUUUGAAUAUGAUUUCAGAAAACUAUCUUUAGAAGGCAAUGAAGAAGACAAAUCACAAGCUGGUGUAAAUAAAGCCAGCAGAGGAGGACUUAUCUAUGGGAAUUAUCUGCAUUUGGAAAAAAUUUUGAAUGCACAGGAGCUUCAAAGUGAACUAAAAGGAAAUAAAAUCCAUGAUGAACACCUUUUCAUCAUAACUCAUCAAGCUUAUGAACUCUGGUUUAAGCAAAUCCUCUGGGAAUUAGAUUCUGUUUGUGAGAUCUUUCAGAAUGGCCAUGUCAGGGAUGAAAGGAAUAUGCUUAAGAUUGUUACGCGAAUGCAUCGAGUGGUGGUGAUCCUUAAACUACUGGUAGAGCAGUUUUCUGUCCUGGAAACGAUGACAGCCUUGGAUUUCAACGACUUCAGAGAGUACUUAUCUCCAGCAUCAGGCUUCCAGAGUUUACAGUUCCGACUAUUAGAAAACAAGUUGGGUAUUUUUCAGAGUUUAAGAGUCCCUUACAAUAGGAGACAUUAUCGUGAUAACUUCAAAGGAGAAGAAAAUGAACUACUACUGAAGUCGGAGCAGGAAAAAACACUUUUGCAACUAGUGGAGGCAUGGCUGGAAAGAACACCAGGUUUAGAGAAACAUGGAUUUAACUUCUGGGAAAAGUUGGAAAAAAAUAUUGUUAAAGGCCUGGAAGAAGAAUUCAGUAUGAUUCAGGCUAAAAACGAAUCAGAGGAAAAGGAGGAACAAAUGGCUGAAUUUCACAAACAAAAAGAGGUGUUACUCUUAUUAUUUGAUGAGAAACGCCAUGAGCAUCUUCUUAGUAAAGGUGAAAGACGACUCUCAUACAGAGCACUUCAGGGGGCCUUGAUGAUAUACUUUUACAGGGAAGAACCUCGAUUCCAGGUCGCUUUCCAGUUGCUGACUUCUCUUAUGGAAAUAGACACACUCAUGACCAAAUGGAGAUAUAACCACGUGUGCCUGGUGCACAGAAUGCUGGGCACCAAAGCUGGCACUGGUGGGUCUUCAGGCUACCAGUACCUGCGCUCAACAGUAAGUGAUAGGUACAAGGUAUUUGUAGAUUUAUUUAAUCUUUCAACAUUUCUGAUUCCCCGACACUGGAUACCGAAGAUGAACCCAAUUACUCGUAAAUUUCUUUACACGACUGAAUAUUGUGACAGCUCUUACUUCAGCAGUGAAGAAUCAGAUUAAAAUUAUCUGCAAAGUCUAUGAAGAGCACUGAUUUCUGUGGGGUUUUUCCUAUGCAUUUUCAUGAAUACACAGACUUCUAAGAUAAUAUAUGUAUAUAUGUAGUAAAGCACUGUGGUGCUCUGAUUCAACCCUGGAAAGAAUUUUAUUUCAUUUAUUUGAAUGUUUAAGAUGUUUAGGAUAAGACUAAGCAUUUCUGUGAUGAUACAAAACACUAAGAAAUGAAUUCAGUGACACUGUUACAUUGUACAUAUGGUCUUUUCCUAUUAAAAAUGUAUUUGUUCUCUGACGCUCACCUUAAUGUAACCAUUUAACCUAAUCAUUAUCUCAUUGUUCCAUAUUUUAUAAGCUUGUAAACUUCAGCUAUUUAAAAUAUUUAAUGGAAUAAAAUGUGUCAUUCUAUAUAAACUUAUUCAAUAAAAAUUUUUGAGUAAUAAAAAUUAUUCUUUCUGUAAUAUAUUAGUUUGAAAACAUUGCUUGUAUUUAUUAGGACACUUGGCGAGCAACAGGAAUCUAUGUGAAGCAUGUCCAAAGGGCAUGCACUGGACAGUCACUCCACUAGCGUAAAGAACUAGAGGAGCCGGUGGAGCUCUAAGGCCACAGGGGUGGAGCCAGUUCCUCAAGUACUUUCUUCCUGGAACACUCUGAGGAUCCUCUGUGUCUGAUCUCUUCUCUGUAGGUGCUGGCUUUAUUGUUCCCUGAUGUAGACCCACUCCUCCUCCCACAGGUUGGGUCUCCAUCCUAGCAUCUCUCUACUCCCAGAAGGGCAAAGUCACUCUCCUCAGAGUGACUGUAUCCAAAGUCACCCACGGCUGUGGUCUGGGAGGUACAGUCUACUCCAGUGCACCGCAGGUUUGAGGUAGGGAUGAGAGAUCCCUCAAGUGAAGAAUGCUCUUCCCAGGAGAAAGGGGAGGUAAACAGACUAAACAAUGACUCAGUUCAUUGCUAGUAACUAUUAGACUAAGCAUUUGGAUCAGACAUGAGUUCUAGUCCUCUUUUUUUCUAGCUUGCUCUGGAUAUUGGCAACAUUUCAUUGAAUUUUUCUAUGAGGGGAGUACAAAAUAUUACCAAAGAAAUCUAAAAUGUCCAACUUUGACCUAGGGUAGCAAGUUCUUGUUGGAAUUGAACUAUUCUUUAGUCUCAAUUACACAUUUUUUUCUUAUAAACGAUCAUAUUGCUUUUGCCUACAGGGCAUGUGUGUGUGUGCACACAUGUACAUAGCACCUGGUGGUAGUUAAGCUGGAAAAAAAAAGAGAUGA